AUGAAGAUCACAAUCCAGAUCAUAUUGUUGGUGGGUUCUGCAGCGGUUGCGCUCGCAAGUCCUGUUGCUGGCCCUCCCAAGCCUAAGCCGCCACCCAUGCCGAAAGAUGAUGGGUUGCAAGGUCAGGUUUCAAGUGUUGGACAAUGUCCAAAAGACUGCUGGAACGAGGCCGCUAAAAAGGCAGGCUGUGAUCCCAACUCGGACGACGAUUGCUUGUGUGGUCCGUUCUUCGAUGCAGUCACCUACUGCACAGCGCAGGCAUGUAGUGCGGGCGACAACCUAGCUGCGUUGAACUUCCUGUCCGUUGACUGCUGA